AUGAGCCACAACGGAACAAUUUUCAAGCAAGACAAGACUUUCUGGAAUGAUUACCUGAAAGGUCGACCCCAGCCACCCGAGUCUUUCUUCACACGUAUUUUCAACUACCAUCGGGCUCACGGCGGAAUUUUUGGCAGCGUUCACGACGUCGGCGCCGGCAAUGGUCCAUAUUCCGAGACCCUACGCUCCAGAUUUGGACAUGUCAUCGUAUCGGAUAUCGUGGCCAAAAACAUCGAAUUGGCUCAGGAUCGCCUCGGCACCGAGGGAUUCAGCUACCGCGUCGCCAAGUUGGAGAACGCUGAUGAUAUCCCCGCCGAAAGCGUGGACAUGGUCUUUGCAACGAAUGUAAUGCAUUUCCCUGACCAGGAGGUGGGAAUGUCCGCCGUAGUGCGGCAGCUGAAACCUGGCGGCACCUUUGCUUGUGCAACCUUUGGACCGGCUCGAUUUGAGAAUCCGCAGCUACAGGAUUUGUGGCAGCGUAUAAGCUACCAGGGUGGCCGGAUGCUUCUCAAAAAGUCAGAGGACCCCAUGCAGGUCAUUGGUGUUAUGGCCAGGACACAGGACAAUGCCAAUAUUGCUCCUCUGGAUACACGCUUUUUCGCACCGGGGGUGAAGCGCGUGCACCUGAACAUGGCUAACGGAGGAAUUGUUGGAAUCUUGCCACCUGAGUAUGCGCAUCUAAACACCGAGAGAGAUCAUACAGGAGCUGAUGAUGAGAUCUUGUUUGAGGACGCACCGGAGUGGAGCUUUGAAAAAGAUCUAGAUGGCGUCAAAGAGCACAUUUGCUCGUUUCCAUUUGUUUCCGAUAAUCUGGCCGGUUUUACAGACCUCUUUGUGGAGCUGGACGAUCUGCUGGGAGAUGGGAGAAUAGUUAGAGGUCAUUGGCCUGUGAAGAUCGUACUAGCAACCAAACGUUGA